GGUAUGUGCGUAGACUCUUCGGAAUUCCUUUGACACGACCCGGAGGGGAAAAAUGCACGGGACAAGAAGAAGAAAAAUACAACAACACUCAACUGCCAUCGAAGCUCCUUUCCCUCCUCCAACCCCCAUCGACUACCUUUCUGCUUUCCCUCACUUCCGAGAUCGGUCGUCCAAGGAACACAAGGAACCACCGCCAGAGGGACCCAGCUGUCGGGCUUCCCCAGUGAUGUCAGACGGAGGCUGAUCGCCAUGGAAACAAGUCCGAAUCGAUCGUACUCAGCCGUCGUCCAGCACUCACUUCCGAAAGCGUGCUAGUGCGAGCUGCAGCUCUUCGGCAUGUGGCCGUCUGCGCCCGGGCCAUCUUCUGGCCCGGACACCUGACCCGCCGUCACCAUGGUCGUGGUCCGCGUGCGCGUGCCAUACGUUCACCCCAUCGUGUGCUGCACCGUCAAACGGGCCGUGAGACUCUUGCCGUCGGCGUUGCUUCUCGUGUUUGUGUUGUCUCUCAUCCUGGUGACUCUGGUGCAGAUUGCAGUGAUACACUCUCACAGACGUUCCUUGUACCUUCAGCGAAAGACGCCGAGCACGUCCAAGCCGUCGACCCCAGGACAGACGUCCAAAGGGUCGCCCAUGUCUCAUUUUCACGCGUGGUCCGCACAUCGUGCGAAGGAGUCGCAGAAGAAACCGAACAACACGUACGUUGGGGCGAAACCACGGCCGAACGCUCUUCAGGUGGAAGCUCUCCUGGACAGAAACGCACCGUCCGUAGAUGGUAACAUUCACAUUCUUAUGGGUUACGCCAACGCAGCGAGAAUCAGAAGCAUCGUGCUGGCGUGGGAUAGUGUCAAUGCAACAUCAAGUGACUCUGGAAAGCCGGUUGCGAAUGCUGGUGUGAGCGAACCACGUGUCAACGGAUCGUGGCAGUUGGUGACCGAUGUGUACGACGGUAGGGUGUUGUGGAACAAGAAAAGACGACGAGCGAGGAAUGAGAAAAUGCCGCCGACGUUGCCACUGUGCCCCGAGGUACCUCCAGGAUUAGUGGGACGCAUCCAAGUGGACCUAGAUCUGCAUCCGUCCGCUCGGCUAAAAGGUGUACCUUCCAGGGGUCCAGGACGGGGAAGUGCCCCCUUGUGGUCCCCUCCACACUGCACAGCGCGCCAUCGAGUGGCCGUCGUGGUGCCUUACCGAGACCGUCGACCUCAUCUUCUCAUCUUGCUCAACUACCUGCAUCCUAUACUCCAGCGACAACUCCUCAAUUACCGCAUUUACGUCGUUGAACAGUACGGCAACGACACCUUCAAUAAGGGGGUCCUGAUGAACGCCGCCGUUCGGGAAGCCUUCAAGGACUCCGACUUCCAUUGCUUCGUAUUUCACGACGUGGACUUAAUCCCCGAGGACGACCGCAACAUGUACUCAUGUCCGCCGAGUCCUCGACACAUGUCUGUAGCGAUAGACAAGUUCAAUUACACGCUUCCCUACCAGUUAUUGGUAGGAGGUGUGUUCGCCAUUAAGGUAGAGCAUUUCCUGAAAGUGAACGGCUUCUCAAACCUCUACUGGGGUUGGGGAGGAGAAGACGACGACAUGGCCUACCGGAUCAAGCACAAGAAGUUAAAAAUCAUCCGCCCACCUGCCUCAGUUGCGAGGUACACAAUGAUCAAGCACAUUCACCGGCCGGAGUCGCCAAACAACAUCAGGAUGGCCCUGGUUCGUAUGGCCUGGUACCGCAUGAACCGUGACGGACUCAGCACCGCCAAGUACCGUGUGGUGCACAAACGUCAUCUGCCCCUCUACACACACCUGCUGGUUGACAUUGGCCACAAUCACAAGUGGCACUUCUCCGGCACCCAGAAGCUCAUCAUCAAUCUAUGACCCCGAUGUGCCCCCUCUUCCCUCCGGUGUCGCCUACGUAGUGUCACGCGGACGAGUCGCUCUCUCCUUUGUACGGAACAUGUGACAUUGCGAAGUACCGGCGCGAGGGGGCGCCACAGCAGCAGCUGCUGUUCAACGGGGGACGAGGAUAUGCUAUCAAAGUUUAUCUUAACUCUUCGACGGCUUCGAAGCACGCUUGCUAUUAACUACAGCUCUGCCUGCCUUCUUCUUAAGCGUCCAGUGUUUGGAUCGGACAAGGAAAGGACUUCGUACGCUUCAGUGUCUUAAGUGUGCCAAAUGAACAAACUACGUGAAUGUGUCGCUUAGGAGUUCUGAGUGCGAUGUAUGACACGGGUGCGUUGACGUGACAGUGUUUUCGGUUUUGCCCGACGUUCCUGGCUUUCGUAAAGCGCAUUGCUCUGAUUAAAAG